CGGGCUUCCCGACCGCCAUGACGGAGCGGCUUGUCGCUUUGUUCCUGAGAUGACGAACGCCAGCAGCCCAGGGGGCCUGCGCCGGUUCCACUUCGGUUACUUUGACCUCUUCUGGGCAAGCGUGGGGCUCGUUUCUACGCUGCUUGACCUCGGCACCGACAUCCACACCAUCACGAAGCUGUACCUCGCCAGCCAUGUUGUGUCGGCCUCCCUGCUGCUGGCGUGCAGGCUGACGGCCGACAUCGUGGUGCAGUUCUUCAGCCUGGCGUGGCUCUACGAUGACUGGGAAGAGCGACGCACGAAUCAAAACUUGGAAUUUCCGCGACCUUCAUGGGUGGUCAAAGUGCUGCACUUGCUGCAGCUUGGCCUCAUUUACAGAUUUGUGUGCGCGCUCCGCAAGGGCUGGAAAGCGAUACAGGAUGGCGGCGAGGGGUUGGCAGCUGAGGCAGUCUACCGCUCGACAGACAUCACCAUGCUGCGCCUAUUCAAGACGUUUAUAGAGAACGCUCCGCAGCUCGUGCUGCUCAUCGGACGCAUGGUGCAGGCGGAGCGGGUCAACCUGAUGGAGGGCCUCAGUGCAGUCGUCUGCCUCUUCUCCAUCUCCUGGAUACUGCUCGACUACCACAAAGCGCUGCGCAUCUCACUGAACCACAAGCUCCAGCUGCAGGGCUACCUGGCCUCGUUCGUCUACCUGCUGUGGAACCUGCUGCUGGUGGUGCCGCGCGUCGUCACGCUGGGUUUCUACGUGGCGGCCGUGGGCCCCAUGGUGGCCGUGCACGUGGCGCUGUGGUGGUUCGCCAUGCUGGUGUGGGCCCGCCUGCAGCACACUGAUUUCACCACUUCCAAGAAGAAGGAGUUCGUCUACAACAGCGUCGUGGCCGUCAUAUGGAUCUUUUCCUGGUUCAAUGUGUCGAAAGCCAGGACGUUGUGGAGGAGCAUCAUCUACCACUCCGCUGUACUCGUCGACAUCAUCAUCAUGAUCGUGGUGUAUUGUGUUUUCCUUGGCGAGGACAUUCAAAAGCUGGUGGUCUUGUGUUUUGUCCCCCUGGUGUUCAUCUAUGCCUGUGGAAUCGUGGUACGCUGUGUUUACUAUAGGUGCCUCCACCCCAGUGUGACGUUGGCAGCCGUAGAGUCUGUGCAGCCUGAAGUGGACACAGAUGGGCCAGUGGAGCCAUUCACCGAGCAGGUGAACAAGCGAAUCACAAAGUUUGUAGGGUACCCACAUUUGCCCAACAGCAGCCGCAGCAGCCAGCGUAAUGGCAGCAACAUCCGCUCUAGAAUUGUAUAGCAGCAGGGAAUGGCAGCGUUUUACAAUCUGAGCCUAUUUUUAAUUCAGGGUGAGGACUACAGGUAGACCUCGCUUAAUGCUACGCCGUAGAAUGAUGAUUCGUUGUAGCGCUCUUUGAACCUGGAGAUAAUCUUUCCUAAAAAUUUAAGAAAAUCUAAAAGCGAUUACGAGUGAGAACUCGCAAGCGCUGGCUAAGGAAACGUACCUGCCUAGCCAACCAGACCCAACCCCCGUGAUUGUGAUUCAGUCACGAUAAAACUUUUAUCUGUUUUUUUACAUGUUUUUAUGCGAUGUUAUUACAGUACAGUAUUUGUUUAGCUCGGUGAGAACUCACGAGUCCCAGGCUCCAUCGAAAAUAAACCUUACCACUGAAAUUUAGACUGAGGUCAUCGCGAAGAUCAUAGAGGUCCUGGGAGCUCUUCUCUGAGAGUGACCCACAUUGGGACUGCAACAGCUCCUCCAACCUCAUCUCCCACCACCGCUGCCUUGUAGGAGGAGUCCAGUAGAAUGCACUCGUGAGUACAGUAAAAAAUACUUAUGUAAAAAUACAUUUUUAUAUUUGUUUAUGAAAUAAUGUUCGCCCUCUGUAUUAUUGUUCGUGCUAUUAUCGAUACCCCAAUGAAGCCCUCAUAUAUUGCUCAUACGAAAUAAAUAACGCUAUCAGGAACGCAUCCCCACAUAUAGAAUGGUAUAAUGACCCCUUUUAGCGCCGAUUCGAUUAGCGCUCACUUCUCCAGGAACUCAUCUUGAGCGCUAAGCGAGGUCUGCCUCUACUAGGUUUUAAGUUGUGCUGAACAGCACUCUGAUGUAUGACCCGAAAACGCGAGAGAGAGCGGGUUGAGAUCCAUGUUGUGCAAAAACCCUAAUUAUUUUUUGUCAACAUGUUCAUAAUUACUUUAUCCUGAGCCCUAGCUGUAAGCUGCCAUUUUGUGUUAAUUUAUUUUAACACAAUCUAAACAUUUACAUUCCACUUAGGCCAAGAGUUGGAUUUUAUGUCCUGAUUAACAGUCGUUGUCAAAGUUAUUUUGUUUUUUUACUGCCUUUUUAUAUUAGAUUGUUAUAAGACCCGGCCAAAUGUAGUUUUCCUAAUUUUGUACGUACUGUACUGUAUUUACAGUUUACAAUGCCUGUGACCAAAUUGGCAUUUUUUAAAAGCUAAGCCAGUUCGAGCCUGGUACAAGCUUGGAUGGGAGAUCACAAUGCAUAAUAAGUUGCUAUAGGCUUGACACGUAGGCUUGCGUGACACAUAUAUGACUUUUGACCAAUUCUGGCAAAAUCGCCCAAUGAUGCUGGAUGUAAUUCCCAGCGAAACUUCGUACUCAAAUUGUAAAUAUCGGGGAUUUACACUCCAACACACUGGUGCGCUGAAGUAGAAACUGAUUGGCACGUUUUGUUUACGUGACAAACCUUAUUCAUUGGCUGUCAGGUGGUGGUAAGUUAACGACACAUUUACGCGAUCUAACCCAAAAAAAACUUUAUUAUGAAUUGCUAUCGGCCGCUUUGGGGCUGUGUGUUGGGCGGCGGAGGGGAGUGCAGCAAAUUCUAUUAUUGUACUGUACUGUGCAAACACAUCUAUGCUACCCACCUUCAACCCACACUGACCAGCUGUGUAAAUGUCCCCCCACAAUCCUCAUGACACGAGAAAGCCCGUCCUCCAGCAGCGGACUGAUUUAAAAUAACUAUUUGUCGACUUUAUUAUUUGGUUCUUUCAGUAAAGUCACGUAGGUGAAAAAAUAAAAUUUAAAAUUAAGAAUAAAAAAAUAAAUAGAAAUAACUAAAUUAAAUCACAAUUACUUGUAGACUUUAUUAUUUCCCAUACGUUUUGUACAUGUCAACUUAACCAUCAGGAUGUUAAGUUGAUGAAUAGUGUUUUUUGUACGAACACUGUGCAGUAUUUAACACGAAUGUCUGUUCUAUCAAGUACAACUGAUUGGGGAGACAGCCAAGAUAGAAUGUUGUGCUGUGCUUGAGAUUAGCGGCUGGCACGGCUGUGUAAAGCCACCAUCGUCUCCUCAGAACGGAGAGAAGUGGGAAUGUGUCCAGAAUGGUAAUGUAAGAGUACAGCCCAAGACUUAAUGCCAUGUAUUUAUCCAGAUUGCCUUGCUGAGUCUUAAGACUUCUCCUGCCUUAGCAUAAUUGGCUAUUCCACUUUAAUGAAUGUUUUGCAUUUGACAGAAAAUACGUGUAUCUGGAGAAAACACAUGCUUGCAAGGGUGUAACCCAAUAAUUCACAGCAUUGGGUUCAUAAACCCAUUUGCUGUACUGCCAUCUCGUGGCCACUUCGCAGCCCAGCGAAUCUGACAAAUGUCUGUGUGGUCCAACAUCCCUUUUCUCCAAAGCAGUGUGUGCCACAGCACCUAGCCUGGCACAACCGCCGUGGUGAUGUCACCGCCACUUUGUGCAAAAUAGUAGUGUGCGUUAGCAUCCACACUCGCGUGCAGGUGCACUCAUAUUUCUCACCUCCGAUGAGCAUUGUUGGCUACGUACGGUGCGAAAGAAGUUAUACAUUCAUUUAACCGGAGUCAACAGACCCUGUAAGGAACCAAGGUGACUUUAGGAGGCGGUGAAAGGUGGAGUCGGUCAGGAGAAGCAUUAGGAGCUGAAGAGUUUCUACAAGGGAGUUUCCAGCGUACAAAUACGACAGUUCCCUCCUCUGCUAUACCAUUUGCACACUUCAGUUAUACUAUACAGUUCACGUGUGAACAAAUGUUGCUUUGCAUCAGAUUUUUGGUGAAAAUGUGUCAAUGUCUUGCCAACAAUGGAGGAAAUCUCCAAAGCUGCUUUGUUAAGAUGUAAAUCUGACUCCUAGCUUUCAGUGUGUUUUCAGUAAUCAUGUACCGGCUACACAUAAACAAGACUGUUCCCUGCAUGUGGGCCACCGGUGAUCAUAAGAGCCCCUUUCAGGGCAUCUAUUUCCCCAAGGAUCCUGUGUAGUUACUCUGUGGCAGGUAUAAAACAUGGAGUCACUCUACCUGUGAUUUUAAUAAUUGAGCACUUGGUAUAUUUCACGUUGCCUUUCUGAAAGCACUGAAGUUUGUUUACAACGUAAUAGCUCGCGACCAGCUGAUAGAGAUUCCUAGCAAUUUUAAACAAGAUACAACGUUUUUUUGUCGUAAGAGCCUUUUUGUUGAGCGCGUAGAUUCAUGGAUGUGAAUUUAUUUGUUCAAACUGCACGGUGCCUUUCUUAUCUUGGACCGAUUGGCAAAUGUUGUGAACCAAAUGGGGUCCAAGUCUUGUCCGUGACUUACUGGAGAAAUUUUUUAUACAGAUUACAUAACACAUUAAGCUUUUCCAGUUGAUAAAUGUUCAUGAGGCACAAAAUCCCCCUGGAACUCUAUGGGGUUACCCCAGCACCUAUCCGAAGUUAACGUGAAAUAGUCGUUGGUAAGUUCAUUCACAAAUAAUGUAUGGAAAGAAAUGUUAAAAGACUCUAAACCGUUGUGUUUUUCUUAAAGUGACCAGAUGCUGUGUGGCUGCUGUGUAAAGUUAAAUACGUGGUAUAACUGGAUGCCAUAAAAUAUGAAAUUAUUCCUCUGAGGCAGCUGGAUGGCUUAUGGGAACAAUUCAGCUGAGAUUCCGGAUGUGAAUCCCAGGUUUCUACCCGAUAUUAAAACUGGCCUGGUGUUGUUGUGCUUAGCAGCAACUGACUGCAUUACUGUAUUCAAGACAGCUGGUAUAUAUGAGUAGAUAGCAGGCGAGAGAUGAACACUCGCUUCGCUUGGCAUGAAGAUGCACUACUGAUCAUGGUUGCAGCUGGAGCUGUGACGUCGUUCUGCCACAUGAUAUGGCUCUGUUGUUUGUGGGAACUUGCUGAAAUAUGGGGGCUUCUUUACCCGAAGCCUUGGUUCUGUCGGUAUAUGUGGGACGCGGGCCGUGGAAAUCCAUCACCACGUUAAUGGAUGGCGAUUUGUUUAAUUCCGAGGACGUAUUUAUAUGUCUAUUAGAACUGAUAUUUUCUUUCUCCAGUAUUUUAUUUAAAUUCACUUUCAGUAAAAGAUGUCUCUCUUGUCAGUUGAGUGUUGCACAGUGCACUUUGUCAUUUGCAGUUCUGAGCCGGUGGUGGAAAUGCCGUAUUCUUGUCUGGCCAGUCUCACCACACGAAAGGUUCAUUGCUUGAGUCGUGCCCCAACCAGGACUUAAACUCACAAACGUUUGUGAGUCGCACGCUCUGCCGUUGCAACGCAUCCUUCUAAAUUGCCUUUGCGGUUUGGACUUGUGGUAAAGUGUAUGUUUUUGUGUAGUGAAAUGUGCAUUGUGAUAUCAGUAAACCAAUGAUGUCUGGUACACUGAGAAAAUCUGUGGUGAAAGUGUUAAGGAUGAUUCCUAAAAUGUUUUAAUGUCAUGUCAUUUGAUGGUGCCUUUCUGACCAGCACAAUAAUAUCCCAGGGAGAUAAUCCGUACACUUUGUUAACUGGGUACUAUUUGAGGUUUACGUUUCAAACGUUCAAUGUUAAACCUGAAUAUUUGUAAACAAAAGUCAAACUACCUUUGUGUCAAUGAUUUUUUUUAAAUAUUAACAUUGUGUUAAUAAAACAUUUGGAUAUGUUCUGUA